GCUCGAUUUUCCAGUUUUUGAAUUGAAGAUUCUACUUAUUUGCAAUCAGUAAGAUUUUGUCUCUUGUCGCGUUUGUAACGUAAUAUUUUUUAGUAAAAAUUACAAAAUGGCUUCCCAUUUAACGGUCGUCGCCGUAUGCAUUCUUUCACUCUGGCUUGGGUCGACUCAUGCACAAUCUACGCCGAAUUUGGAUGAUUUGUUAAAUAAAAUAUUCACAACUGAGCCAACAAUUCUGCCACAACCCACUAAAACCACUGUACUUCAACCUCACCCUCAGCCACAGCCACAGCCCGAUCCUGGCAGCGGAAAAUCUUGUGGAGUGAACAAAGAGUGUGUUUCACGUUUCCUCUGUGGCGAAGACGGUAAUGUUAUCAGAGAUGGUAGCACACUUAUCGAUAUUCGUUUCGAUGGCGACGAUGUAUGCACUUACCUGGAAGUUUGCUGUAACACAGAUGAAAAGUUAAUCGAGCCUCAAAUACCCAUUAAACCGGAUGAGACCCACGAGGGUUGUGGUUAUCGUAAUGCGAACGGUGUCGGUUUCAGAAUUACCGGCGACAAAGAAGGCGAAUCACAGUUCGGUGAAUUCCCUUGGAUGGUUGCAAUCUUACGCGAUGAGGUUAUCGGCGGCGAAACAUUGAAUGUUUAUGAAUGUGGUGGCGCUGUAAUCGCACCCAAUGUUGUUUUGACUGCCACACAUUGUGUUGUGAACGCAGAGGCACGUUUAUUAGUAGCCCGUGCUGGUGAGUGGGAUACACAAACCAAACAGGAAGUGCUGCCACAUCAAGAUGCUCGCGUCAAAGAGAUCAUACGUCAUGAGAACUACAAUAAGGGCUCACUGUACAAUGAUGUAGCAUUGCUCAUUUUGGAAACCCCAUAUUAUUGGGAAGAAAAUGUACGUCCCAUCUGUUUGCCCGAGCCAGAUGCUAAUUUCGAUUAUUCACGUUGCUUCGCUACGGGUUGGGGUAAGGACAAAUUUGGCAAAGAUGGUACGUAUCAAUUGAUUUUGAAGAAAAUCGAUUUACCUGCCGUACCACGUGAUACUUGCCAAGCUAAUCUGCGUAAAACACGUUUGGGUAAAUUCUUUAAUCUGGAUAAGAGUUUCAUGUGCGCCGGCGGUGAAAAAGGCAAGGAUACUUGCAAAGGUGAUGGUGGCUCGCCGUUGGUUUGCCCGGAUCCACGUGAUCCUAAGCGUUACUAUCAAGCCGGUAUUGUGGCUUGGGGCAUUGGUUGUGGUGAGGAAAAUGUUCCCGGUGUCUACGCUAAUGUACCAUACUUGCGCAAUUGGAUUAAUGAGAAACUCUCCGCUCGGGGAAUCGAUUUCAAAUAUUUUACUGCUUAAAGAUCUCUUUAUUUUUCAAAUACUCUUUAAAUUUAAUAAAAAAAAUUAUUUGAAAUAAA